CGAACUACAUAAAAGACCACCCUCAUUCCAACUCUCUCCGAACUUCUUUCCCACAGAUCCGUCUCUCGUGAACAACCUCUCAGCACAUUCAUUAGCAAAAAUACCCUUCUAUCAUUCGCAGUCAGAUCGAAGUCAUUGCUACAGUUUCCGCAAUGGCCAAGCUUAUCACAGCUGUGGCAGUCUAUCUGUGGGGUUUUCAGGCCGUUUCGGCUGCCUGCACCAAUCCGACACAGCGAAAGCCAUGGAAUGUUUUGAGCAUCGCUGAGAAGGCUGAGUACAUCAACUCAACACUCUGCCUGAUGGACCCAGCACAAGCACCAUCGAAAACACAAUAUGCUGGUUCCAGAACCCGCUGGGACGAGCUUCAGGUCGCCCACAUAGCUCAGGUCCAGUUCAUUCAUGGCGUUGGUGCAUUCCUCCCGUGGCAUCGUUGGUUCAUGACAGUUCAUGAGAACCUACUUCGACAAGAGUGUGGUUACAAAGGUCCAAUCCCUUACUGGAAUGAACAAGAAGACCAGGCUGCUGGUCCUCUUACAGCUGCUAGUAUCUGGGGAACAGAUCCUGCGGCCUCCUUCGGAACUGGUCUUACGCACCAAGAUGGAUGUAUUGCCGACGGCCCGUUUACAGGUGUUCGAUACGAUGUAAACAUUCAGCUUGAAAGGGGCGCUGAGAAAUGCCUGGCCUAUGACUUGAAACAAGCACAAUUCGAUCUUGUUUCUCAAGAUAUCGUCGACGCCUGUUACUCUCUUAACAGUUACGAUGACUUCAACAACUGUCUCGGGGGUACACCUCAUACCUCUGGACACUAUGCUAUUGGCGGCACCAUGGAUGAUGUCUCUCUGUCCCCUGCUGAUCCUCUGUUCUUUAUGCAUCACACCAAUCUUGACCGUCUUUGGUGGCAAUGGCAGAGCAAAGACGUUUCCCGCCUCACCGAUAUUGGUGGAAGGAAUGUUGCUGUUGGUGGUCUUCUUGUGCAGGCCCAGCCAAAGAGUUUGCCUGUAGAGGCGUUUGCACCGUUCUUUGGGGACAGUGGCAACGUUACGACUCUGGAUCACAUCAUGUGGAUGGCGGGUACUGCUGACAACAUUACUAUUGGGGAGGUCAUGGAUAUAAACAGCGAUGCGAUUUGUGUUGAGUACCUGUAAAUGGGUACCAAACUCUUGACUGCUGUCAUCGAUCGUCGUCGGCCAGGAGAAAGAAGCAGGAUCCACUUCAAAGACUUCACGAACCAUUUUUAAUAUAUUAGGGUUAUAUUCUCCGUUAAUCAUUCCGUCACCCUAUGGUGACAGUGAUAAGAUCGAAGCGAAC